AUGAGUCAACAACGAUCCUUCAAUUUCAGAUCCGAACACGUUCAGAGUCAUAGUGGUGGUCAUAGUGGUAAUCAUAAUAGUACUACUCAUAGUAAUGGCAAGAAGCAAAUGACAUUGCCAUCUACUACCUCUUCCUCCUCCUCCUCUUCUACAACUACCACUACAACCAUGACUCGUCGUCAUGUUGUUCAUUCUCAUGAUCAUCCCUCCUCUUCCUCUCGUAAAAAACUCUCUCAUUCCGAUCAAGUUCAAGAAUAUCUUUUAUCCAUCGCCUCUUCCUAUCCCAUUAUAGAUAUUGGAAUUAAUUUAACAAAUCAUCAAUUUAAAGAUCAUCAAGAGACCAUCUCUCAAGUUUUAAAGAGAUGUCAAUUGGUCAAUGUCAAGUGUGUCAUUCUCACUGGUACUUCUCUUCGUAAUUCGAUGGAAUCUCUCUCUUUGGUGUCCAAAUAUCAGAGUGGUAGUACUAAUAGUAAUGGUAGUGGUGGUAGCAAUAGUACUAAUAGUAAUGGUGGUGUCAAUAGUAGUAGUAAUAAUACUAAUUUUGUUCAAUUCUUAUGUACAGUUGGUAUUCAUCCACAUGAUGCCAAGUCAUUUAAGAACAUUUCAGAGUUGGAACAAGUCAUUACCACACAUCCACAAAAAGAAUCUAUUUGCAUGAUUGGUGAAUGUGGAUUGGAUUACAAUCGAAUGUUUUCUCCAAAGGAUGUUCAAAUUCAUUGUUUUAAAGAACAAUUGAGAAUGGCCACCCGAUUGCAAAAACCAAUAUUCUGUCAUGAAAGAGAUGCUCAUCAUGAUUUUGUUGAAUGUAUUCAAAGUGUUAUGAAGGAAAGUCAUCGGACUCUUCCUCCACUCGUCGUUCAUUGUUUCACUGGAACUAGAAAUGAAGCAAAGAAAUACAUCGAUAUGGGUUUCUAUAUUGGUUUAACAGGAUGUGUCUGUAUGGAUGAAAGAGGAAAGGAAUUGCGUGACAUUUUGAAAGAGGGAAUCAUUCCACGUGAUAAAUUGUUAAUUGAAACAGACUCACCAUUCAUGUUACCUCCAUUGAGUGGAAAUAAUGGUCAAAACGUUUGGAAAUUUGUGGUGAAUGGUGGCAGAAGAAAUGAACCAUGUUUAUUACCACAUGUUGUGAAUACUAUUGCCAAGUGUUGGAAUAUGGAAGAAAAUAAGCAAGAAUUGGAAAAACAAUUGACAGAGAACACGGCUCGCUUUUUAAUGAUGGAUGUGAAGGAGUUGGUUGGUGUGUGA